UCUGUCCACCAGAGGCGGUACGGAAGCCUGCGAGGCUCGUCCGCGUCUCCUCGGUGUGAGCGCGUAAACGUCGCGCCCGCUUCUCCCCCCCCCCUUUUUUUUUCCGCCUGGCAGUUGGUCAGCCCUGCCAACGUGGAGCCGGUCGAGGCUGGAGCUGAGGCGGAAGUGUUUGGAGGGAAGGCGGCGGCCUUGGCGUCCACCUGCCGCGGCUGAGCAAGGCUGAACCCCCCACCAUCCCCACCACCCCGGCCAUGGAGAACUCCUUGGAGAAGAUGGUUGAUCCUGCUUUAGCAGAAAUGGGAAAAAAUCUUAAUGAGGCUAUGAAGCUGCUUGAAGACAAUCAAAGGAAAGUGGAGGAAGAAAACGAAAAGAAAUAUACAAGGAAGGAUAUUCCUGGACCACUUCAAGGCAGUGGACAAGAUAUGGUGAGCAUUCUCCAAUUAGUCCAAAAUCUUAUGCAUGGAGAUGAAGAGGAAGAAUCACUUCAGUCUUACCGACUUCAGAAUGUUGGCGAGCAAGGACAUAUGGCGCUGUUAGGACAUAGCCUGGCUGCUUACAUUUCAGUGCUGGACAGAGAGAGGCUGAGAAAGCUGACAACCAGGAUUCUUUCCGAUACGACUCUUUGGCUUUGCAGACUUUUCAGGUUUGAAAAUGGUUCAGCAUAUUACCAUGAAGAUGAUCGUGAGGGUCUUUUAAAAGUCUGUAGGCUUGUGAUACAUUCACGCUAUGAAGAUUAUGCCACUGAAGGUUUUAACAUGCUGUAUAACAAACAACCAGUGAUAUACAUUAGCUCUGCAGCCAGAACAGGCUUGGGCCAAUUUCUCUGUAAUCAGCUUGGCAUACCACUUUCCUGUGUGUGUCGGGUGCCUUGUAACACAAUGUUUGGCUCUCAGCAUCAGAUGGAUGUUGCUUUACUAGACAGAUUGAUUAAGGAUGAUAUUGAGUCUGGAAAACUGCCAAUAUUAUUAGUGGCGAAUGCUGGUACACCAGGAGCAGGUCAUACAGACAAACUUGGACGGCUGAAAGAACUCUGUGAGCAACAUGGCAUGUGGCUACAUGUGGAAGGGGUAAAUUUGGCCACACUAGCUUUGGGUUAUGUUUCUUCACCUCUACUGGCAGCAUCUAAAUGUGACAGCUUGACGCUGACCCUGGGACCUUGGCUGGGUCUUCCAGCUGUGCCUGCAGUAACUCUCUACAGACAUGAAGAUCCUUCUUUGUCCUUGGCUGCAGGCUUGACCUCUAGCCAGGCAGUGGAGAAGCUUCGCGCUCUGCCAUUGUGGCUGUCCUUGCAAUACCUUGGACACGAUGGGAUCGUCGAAAGAAUAAAGCAUGCAUCUCAGUUGAGUCAACGACUGUUGGAAAACUUGAAGAACCAGGAUUUUAUUAAAACCUCAGUUGAAGAUGAACUCACCUCCCCUGUGGUAGUAUUCAAGUUUUCACCAGCACUCCCACAUAUAGAUCAUAUGCUGCGCGCCACACAAACCCCUGCAGUAACUGGCAAUGAGAGAUACGUUUGUGAUACUUUUAAUCAGUGGCUGGGAGAACAGCUUUCUCAAUUGGUGCCCGCCAGUGGGGUUGACAUCGUAGAACUGGAGGAUGAAGGCACGUGUGUGCGCUUUAGCCCAUUGAUGACUUCUGCAGUUUUAGGAACAGAAGUUCAAGAUGUUGACCAGUUGGUGGACUGCUUAAAAAUGAAGGUUCCGGUCCUGAGGUGCACCCUGCAACUACGAGAUGACUUUGAGCAAGAAGUUAAAAGAACUGUAGGCCUUUCCUAUGUUGAGGACUUUAGCUGGCCUGGACUUGGAGUCGUAAGGUACGAUGGCCAAAAUGAAGACAAACAGGAGACAGAAAUGGAAAAGAUUAAUAGUGCACUUCUGAAAAAGUUGAAUGAGCUGGAAUCAGAUCUGGUGUUUUCCCUAGGUAUGAAACUAGUCCUUGGGAGGGUGUCGAUUUUUGUAAUUUAAAAAGUCACCUAAAAUUGCAAUGUUUUUGCAAUAUCAGCUAUUCUA